UUAUCUGUCAAUGUGUCAUCAUCUAACCAGCUGGACUGCACGUCGAAUAUAGAGACGAACUUUAAGAUUGUUCAUACCGGUUGUAUUGUUUGUAUUACUUUAUAUUAGUGUUCUACAAAGACCGCAUUUCAGUAAAAUGGCUCAAGCAUUAAAGAAAUUAACUGUUCACGUGCUUAAGAACAAUAAUGUAGAAAACAUCAUCAGUGCCACAGCUAUUAGAACGAACAGCACAUGGUGGGACAAUGUCCAGAUGGGUCCACCAGAUGUAAUCCUUGGCAUCACAGAGGCAUACAAAAGGGACACAGACCCCAAGAAGGUUAAUUUAGGAGUGGGAGCAUAUAGAGAUGAUGAAGGAAAACCUUUUGUAUUACCCUCAGUUAGAAAGGCAGAGGAAAUCGUUUUCAAGAAAUGCUUGAACCACGAAUAUGCCCCGAUCGGCGGUGAGGCCGCGUAUACAGAAGCUGUUGCUAAGCUAGCUUUCGGUGCGGACAGCCCAGUUCUUAAAGAUAAAUCUAACUGCACAGUGCAGACACUCUCAGGAACCGGUGCCUUACGUCUUGGAUUUGAGUUCAUCACAAAACACUACGCCAAAAAUAAGGAGGUCUGGCUGCCCAGUCCGACAUGGGGGAACCAUCCUCAGAUCUGCAACACGCUCGGCUUGCCGCACAAGAAGUACCGCUAUUAUGAUCCGAAGACGCAUGGUUUUGAUCUGCAGGGCGCCCUCGAAGAUAUCUGUAACAUUCCAGAGGGAUCUAUAAUUCUUCUACACGCAUGUGCACACAACCCGACUGGUGUGGAUCCCAGACCCAACGACUGGAAACAGUUAUCCCAGGCAAUCAAAGAAAAGAAAUUAUACCCAUUCUUCGACAUGGCGUACCAGGGCUUCGCGACCGGCAGCGUAGACAAUGACGCAUUCGCUGUACGUCUUUUCGUCAAGGAGGGCCACCAGGUCACACUAGCUCAGAGCUUCGCUAAGAAUAUGGGUAAGUUACUAUCACCGUUAAUUUACAUUUGACGUGAAAAUAAACAA